UAUUGGCCAAACCCGUAAGACGUAAUAUAUAUAUGUGACCAAGCCUUGGGGCUUCCAUACUUGGAACUUACCUGUGGAUCUAUACCGUUAUUUCUUACCUUUAUACAGUUUCGUAAAAGUUUUGUGUGGAUUGUAAGAAAACACUUUAAGUUGCUAGCAGACGAAGUCUAGCAGAACACUCAUUCUUUUACGAGAAGGUAAGAAAACUGGUUCGACAUGGGCCUAUCAAAAUGAUCGUUACAUUUUACCGACAGAUGGCGUACCAACAUGGCUGAAAAAGAAGACUUGGGUUAUGAACAAACACUGCUUUAUGGAAAAUACUCUAAAGAUCUUGGUUCAUUUGCUAAGUUCCAAGCCAAAAGACUGAAGAAGGAGAAGACAGACCUGGGAAACGUAGAGAAACCUAAAAAAGGGCUAUACUUUUACUUAGUCAGCCACUGGAUUAUACAAAGAUGUACACAUUUGCGAGACAUUGUGUUCCGGGCGAUCGGCGAGGAUUGGAUAUUCCUGGCUCUGCUGGGGGUCCUCAUGGCCCUACUAAGUUUUACCAUGGAUUACAUAAUAGAGAAAUGUCAAGAAGCCAAGUUGUGGUUGUACGAGGAGGUGGCCUUUUCUGUGGGUCUACAGUACCUAGCCUGGACGUUUUACUCCAUCAUAUUUAUCCUAUUUGCCACAGGCUUCACACACCUGGUGGCUCCACAGGCUGUCGGGUCUGGUAUUCCGGAGAUGAAGACAAUACUUAGAGGUGUGGUAUUGAAGGAGUUCUUAACAUUUAAAACAUUGCUGUCCAAGAUCGUUGGACUCUGUUCUUCUCUUGGCAGCACACUUCCUAUAGGGAAAGAGGGACCGUUUGUACAUAUAGCUAGUAUAGUGGCCACGCUACUGGGGAAGCUGACUUCCUUCCGAGGGAUAUAUGAGAAUGAGUCUCGGCGCUCAGAAAUGCUGGCCGCAGCUUGUGCAGUGGGAGUGGCUGGGACAUUCGCUGCACCUAUUGGUGGUGUUUUGUUCAGUAUAGAGGUAACAGCGACCUACUUCGCGGUGAGGAACUACUGGAGAGGGUUCUUUGCUGCAGUUUGUGGUGCCCUAGUAUUUAGACUGUUAGCUUUAUGGUUUAAAAAUGAAGACACCAUCACAGCAUUAUUUAGGACGUCACUGAGAACAGAUUUCCCGUUUGAUGCCUUAGAAUUAUUAGCGUAUGCAUUUAUAGGAGUUGUAUGCGGGUUUGGUGGGGCCUUAUUCAUAUUACUUCAUAGAAAAAUAAUUUUAUUUACGAGAAAACAGAAGAGAAUGACAAUAUUUUUACAGAAAAAUCGUUUUAUAUAUCCUGGACUCGUUGCCCUAGUGAUUGCAUCUCUCACAUUCCCUCCAGGCCUUGGCCAGUUUUUUGCAGGAAAUUUAACUAGUCGACAAGCUAUCAACGAAUUAUUUAGUAACAUUACGUGGACGACGGGGCAGGCAGACAACCUGGCCGAGGAGGAGAUCAUUAGUCACUGGAAACACCCCGACACUAACAUCUAUGUCAACCUUGUAAUCUUUAUCGUAAUGAAUUUUUGGUUUGGGGCAAUUUGUAAUACCCUACCUAUACCUGCUGGAGUGUUUGUGCCUGUUUUCACUGUGGGAGCAGCUUUUGGGCGCCUUGUUGGGGAGGGUAUGGCAGCCUGGUUUCCAGAAGGUAUUCCAUCAGGAAAUGUGAUCCGAAAAAUUGUCCCUGGCGGAUAUGCUGUCGUUGGUGCAGCAUCUUUAUCUGGUAGUGUUACAAGGACCAUAUCAACAUCUGUGAUUGUGUUUGAGCUGACGGGUCAGAUAAGCCAUGUACUACCUGCUGUGGUAGCUGUACUGAUAGCUAAUGCAAUAGCCAAUCAGCUGCAGCCGUCAUUCUACGAUAGUAUCAUCAAACUGAAGCGCCUUCCGUACCUACCAGACAUUGUGUCUUCUAAGUCAAGUAUGUGGAAUGUGUAUGUUGAGGACAUAAUGGUCCAGAACGUCCAAUUUGUAUCCUUUGUGUCCAGUUACGGUCAUUUGAAGGACCUCAUCACGCAGUCCAUUCACAAAAGUUACCCACUAGUGGACUCGCCAGAUUCUAUGAUACUGCUGGGGUCGAUACAGCGUUUUGAGUUGGAGCGAAUCCUGAUGUUACACUUGAGUUACGACCAGAAGAUCCUCAUUAGCAACUUUGACGAUGAUACAUCAGAGACACGAACCCCAAACUCAGAAUUAUCGACAGCCCAAAACUCCAGAGCCCCGUCGCCCGCUCCGAUUCCUGCCCUUACCAUCACUGAUUCCUCCCCUUCACGAUCGUCAAGGUUUCAGGUUCAAAAGGUGGAUGAACCACAAGGAGGAUCUGGGGGAGGGGGAGCAAGCAAAUUGCCAAACCCUUUCAGAAUGAGAUUUUCAAAAUCUUCAAGCAGUUUGACAGAAAUGUCGGAUGAAGCCAAGGAGGCACAAACCUAUCACACUCUCCAACUCCCUCUUCGCUCCAUCCUCAAAAACUCCAGCUCCACAGCAAGUAUGGGCCGGGCAAGCAGUACAAGUGACCUCAAAUCCUCUAUAAAUGCAUACUAUGAUCAGUUCAGAAACCAAAGAAAGGACAGUAUUGUGGAGGAUAUGCCUUUUGUGAUCAAUAAGGGAAGUUUCCAGAAUCUGGCCAAGAAAGUACGAUUGGCAGGUCAUAAACCACUUGGCUCUCCUCCAGAGCCUGUUAGAGUGAAAAACCUACCAACAGACAAGCAACAAUUAUGGGAGGAGCAACAGCUGAGUGAGAUCAUUGAUUGGGAGGGCUGCCAGAUAGACCCAGCCCCCUUUCAGCUGGUGGAGCGUACAUCUUUACACAAGGUGCAUUCUCUGUUUUCACUGUUGGGUCUGAACCAUGCCUAUGUUACCAAUGCUGGAAAGUUGGUUGGUGUGUGUGGGCUCAAAGAGUUACGGAAAGCAAUUCAGGGUCGUAUUGAUGCGCAAGCGAACGGUCAGCACCCAGCGGAGGAUGACGAGGACAGCGAAGUAGAGGACAUUGACCCCCAGGAUCUCAAGGUCAUACCAUCCGUUGACCAGGACUACACCUUAGUCAACACUGCCAACCCACAGCUCUCUGAUGAAACCGAACUUCACACAUUUAAUCUGUCCGAAGUAUAACUUGGUCAAGAGAGGGAUAAUACAUGCCACCAAUACACAGCAUAUCUGAAGUUACCAGCUGGGCAUUGACUUUUCUGUCGGAUGAUAUUAGUUCAUAAAUUAUAUCAGUGAAAUUUGAAUCUGGUUUAAAUCUUCUUGUGAGAAGUUUGUAUGGCAUGAGAUAGAUUUUCUUAUAUUUUUUUAUGAAUUGAGAUGUUAUCGUUACGUUAUGGAAGUAUAACUUAUCUGUGACAGCAAACAAGGUUCUACAAUACUAGUGACACAUAUUGCUACGACUCUACAAUAACACAUAGAAACUGUUAUCACCUUUGUUAUUUCUAUAUCUGUUCUGUUUAGAAUAUCAGACAGGAAGGCAGUUGGUAUAUAUAGUAACCAGUUACUCAUUUUCUGGCUGUUUGAUCUUAUAGUUUUAAGGGGUCAACAUUAUGAAAGAAACUACCUAAAAAAGUGAACUUAUUAACUCAUUCACCCCUGAAGUUUCAUAAUGAACUAUUCCAACCUUUGAAUUGGAAGAGUUCAAAUGUGUCUUCAGGGAUGAAUGAGUUAAAUUAUAAAAUAUGCAAUUUCCCAUAGAUAUUUGAACAAUAAUAAUGUAUAUAUAUGUAUAUAUAUUAUGUACAACAAUUUGGAUGAUCAUACUCGUAUAUAUUAUGUAUGCCAUGUAUAUGCAUAACUGUUAAGCAUAAAUUGGCGCUCGAUUUCAAUAUCAGCUGGAGUUUUUGCUCAUCACAUUACUUACUUUCAACAUGUCCUUCUGAGCCGGGGGAGAUGACACAUCAUAAAAUAGGGAACAAAGAGGUAAAUAAGAUGGGUACAAAUUGGUCAAUCUCAUAUGAUAAAUGUCAUUGAUGAGAAGAAAAGAUGAAAUAAAUUAGAUAAUUAUGCAAAUCACAAAGGUUUGAUAAGGGGAGAUAACUAUAUAUGUUUUUCUCAUCUGUGCGCAUGGAUAAAUAAAUAUUUACUUUUGUAAAAUGGAGGAGGAGGAGGAGAUCUUUAUAUAACAAAUUGAGAUUGUAUUGUUGAAUGGUGAUCUGUAAAUGAGAUUUUCUAUCACUUUGUAUGCAUUUAAUUUUUUUAUUAUGUACAACUUGUAAUGAAUUCUAAGAUGUCGUGAUAUUUUGUGGAAUGCUUGAUACCAGUGUUCACUUAGUAUAGAAUUAAUUAAUUAGGGCUGUUUCAGAAUCAACCACGUUGAGGGGUGGAGGCACUUUUUCUGAGUUGACAAGAAUACAACUAUCGUUUCGGGAUGAGAACAUUUUCGAUGGAGACGUCACAUGGUGUAGUACAUAUCAUAAAAUACUACCCCAUCACCCAUAAAAUCUUUAAAAUGAUUUACUAUAAGAAAUGGUUGGCAUAUCUAGUUUUCACAUCUCCUCUCAUUAUUUAUUGAUACAGGGCCGUUUUCUUUAUAGCGAUCCAAACAAUUGGACCGAUUUGACCAGAGUUGUUCUUUUAUGUAAUAAUGUCGGACCCAGUAAUCUGAUGCUGCUUUCAGGCGAGCCUUGACAAAGCCUUGCAAGGCCUGCAUAAACAUUUGUAGGUCCACCAGGAUUUAUAAAAACAGUCAAACCCAUUGUUCCGCAUAAAUGAACAGGCCCCAGGUGCCUCUCACAACUCCCCCAUAUGAUUAAUUAUGGAAUAGCCCUUAGAUAAAACUUGAUGAUUAUGCAAAAUAAGUUUCGUCCAUUAGGUAUUAUUGUAAGCCACUUUUUAGCAGACCAUCCGGUGAUGUCAUGUUAUUGUGUGUGUGCUUGAAAGACUUGUUAACAUUACGUCAUGUAAGAUAAGUUGUGAGAGUGCUUGGCAUUUGUCACAAGAGAUAUUACUAUUGACAUUUUAUUCUUUAUCACCAAAUUUGUAUAAUAUGACAAGAUAAGUAUGGAACUCCUUCCUCUCCUGGUGCUAUCUUAUUUGUAGAGGUUUUUGAGAUAUCUUGUGGACGUUAUAUAUAUGUUGUCGAAGUAUGUCUCUUUUUUUCUGAGGAUUAGUCGAAGUAUGUCUCUUUUUUUCUGAGGAUUAGUAGAAGUAUGUCUCUUUUUUUCUGAGGAUUAGUAGAAGUAUGUCUCUUUUUUUUCUGAGGAUUAGUCGUUAUCUUUCAACUGGAAUCAGAUAUCUACUCUACGUGUCUUCUAGUCUCCAUUUUAUAAUCUUCAUUGGCCUGUUAAACUGACAACAAUGUGAAAUAUUUUAAAACUGAUUAAAUUGAAAACUGAAAUAUAAAUCGUACAUUUCCCAAGAUUAAAAAAGGCAGCCCUAUCAGAAAAUGAUUGAAAUGAAAUUAUUGAAUGGAGAUUAUUCAGAUGAAAAUUUUAACAUUUUUAGCCUAGUACAUUCAUUUAUUGUAACAGAACAAAAAUGAUUAUGAAAAUCAGUUAUUUUCGCUCCAAAUAAAACUUAAAAUAAAUUUCCAUUGAUGUAAAUACAUCAUGUGUGGUCAUUAUAUGGUUAUUGUUCUAUUUAAUAUAACAGAUACAUAUUUCUAUAGUACAUUUCAGUUUUUGCUAGAAAAAUUAUUUAUAGAAUCUUUCUCUACCUUGAGGGUGUAACAGAGAAAUCUCCAACCGAAGGGGUAAUUAUUUUGGUGUCUACCCAAGACGCUUUCUUUCCCCUACAUCAUUCCAGUAGCUUUGUUAAAAGCAAUAGUUUUCACAAGACUGCAAUCUGUAAUCUGAUUUUACCCUGAUUUGCAUAUGGCUUCUCCCGUCGAGAGAUGAUUAUGACAUCAUAUCCGAUUGUUUCUGUAACGUCAUGGUAUUGUUUACUUUCAUGUCUUAUCUCAUACUCUAGGGGGUGACAGAGAAAUGAUGCUUAGGGGCUGACAGGAGAAUCAUGAAUGGGAAAAAUGGGAGAUAACUCUGUGAAGGGAGGGAGAAAACCCUAUCUUAUAGACAGCUCACAUGUGCUAUUCUGAUAACGUCACCAUUGUGUCACCAGUUUAUGCAAUAUAACGACGGCAACAUUUCCAUUUUGUCACAAAUUUCACACGCCCUAAUUGAUGGCAUAGGGCAUUUAGUUCACCAUUGCGACAUAUUUUACGGUAGGAAAGUGUGUUAGAAAAAUAAACAUUCACUCCUGUGUAAUGCUGACAGAAAAAGCUCAACCCUCGGGAUAAGAUUUUUGAUGCUUAGUAGAAAAAGCUCAACCCUCGUGAAAGUUCAACCCUCGGGAUAAGAUUAUUGAUGUUUAGUAAAAAAAGCUCAACCCUCGGGAUAAGAUAUUUGAUGCUUAGUAGGAAAAGUUCAACCCUCGGGAUAACAUUAUUGAUGCUUAGUAAGAAAAGCUCAACCCUCGAGAUAAGAUUAUUGAUAUUUAGUAGAAAAAGCUCAACCCUCGGGAUAAGAUUAUUGAUGCUUAGUAGGAACUCAACCCGCGGAAUAACAUUAUUGAUGCUUAGCAAAUCUUUGUGUUACAGUUCAAAAACUUACUCUCUGUUGGAAAAUUUCUCUGUCUACAUCUGACAGGAGUGAUAGACUAUAAAUCUAAUACAAGAAGAAAUGUGUGUUUCCAUGUGUCCAGAUCAUAUAUGUGUUCAGUACAUCCUUUUAUGAUCUUAUAUACCAGUGACAAUUAUAUUGUCAACAUCUUAUUGUGUACCAUAAGUAUUUAGGGUCCAUAAGGUAAUUCAAAUAGCAAAAAAAAAUUUGUUAAUCAGUAUGUUGUUAUUUCUUCAUAUGGUACAAGUUUUACUUGCAUUUUAAACAGGGAGCUUAUUAUACAUUACAUGUGUAACAAUAACAUUAUUAUCUCCCUUUUUUCUAUUGAUUGCAUUACGUCUUAUGUUGUAACCAAAACAUGAAAAAUGAUCAACUGAAAAUGGCCGUAAGGCUUGAAAACGUUGGUGAUAAUUAACUAUAUAUGCAGUGUUAUUUUUUUAUGUCUUCAUAUAUGAACGAUACAAAAAGUCUUUAAAAGACUGAACUAUAUAGAUAUAGAUAUACAUAUGUGUUUGUACAGAAAAAGUUCAUGUAAAUGUGGUCGUCAUAAUGAAUGCUUUAUCAAACUGUGUUUGAGUAUGUAUGUUAUUGCUGAGGAAGGUAAGAUAUUUAUAUACCGAAUUUACAAUGGACAUUAAGGGGGGUCUGAUUGUCUGAAGAGGAUCAAAUUAACAACCAUUUCACAUAUCAAUUAAUAAUAAUUUUACACUGCGCUCAAAAUGAUUGAACAAAAACAGAUUGCUAGCGUUAGACAAGUAACUACUGAUAAUGACUAUAAUGUUGUUUAUUGGUUGGACAAAUGUAGUAAUUCUAUGACUCAAACUUAAAGACACAAUUGCAAGUGUGAUAAUAGUACUUCAAUAUUUAGAGUUAGAUACUGGUAUAUAGUGGUUCCCCAACCAGUGAUGGUUGCAUGGUUAUAAUGUUAAUCAGAACAGGCAGUUUUCUAGAUAUAAUACCUGAAUGUCUCGGCAUUAGUUAAUUUUCAAAUGGAAAAAAGGUACUCGGUAAACUUCAGGUGUCUUUAUACAAAUUGAAAAUUAACUAACUUGAGUUAGAUAAACAUGAUAAUCAACUACCCUGAGAUUAGGGAUCUUUUUCUCUCACAACGUUCAGAUAUUGGAGGCAUGGUAGUGUAGUGGUAGGACGCCUGGCUCGUGACCGAAGGGUUGCAGGUUUGACUCACGGCACGGCACUGUGUUGUA